AUGCCUAACUUCAAAGUUGACGUCGAUUACGAUCUAGACUUUCUUAACGUCACGUUCACCAGGUCGCACGGUGUUCCCAAAGUUACCCCUGCGUGGAAAGUCAGGACAGCUCCAAAGCUUGGACCUCCAAAAUCAAAGGCUUCACCAGAGAAGUCGUCCUUUCGACCACCCCCUCGACCUAAGAUCAACGCUGCCAGAUUUCAGCAACCUUCAAGUGAGCUCACGCCCAGAAUCACAGACGUGACAGAGACAGAGGAAAGUUCGAAGUCAGAAGGCGACAAUUUGAGUGCCACAAACAAAGCUUUGAAGCCGACAAGUGGCAACGCAAAGAAAAACCCUCCUAAGCCAAAGGAUACAAGCGACUCCAAAGCAAAAGCCACACCCAACACAGCGAACAAAUCUAAGGCCGUCAAGGGUUGGGUCCUCAACAAGGUUUCGGAAGCUCUUGCACCUACAGUCUCCAAUAUCGUUUCAACUGCUGGGGGCGUUGCUGGUGAUGUAGUCUGCGCUGUUGGUAACAGUAUCAAUGGAGUUGGUGACGGCAUCAGCGGCGCUUUCCGCCGAUAUGGUGAUGCCGCAAAGAACACUGGCAAUGGCCUCAAAGACUUCACCGGAGCUACGGGAGGACGGGCAGGAACUGCCACCAAUCCUCUAGGAUUGAGCGAUACUAAAGCCGGAGGAAGGAGAGCCAUCACAUCUCCAAGCAUACCAAAGCCAAUCGAUCGCAAACCUGCAGCUUCGGCAUCUUCCCAGAAGGCCCUUCCAGCACCUAAGUCCGCUGUCUCCAAAUCUAAUACGGCGGCACCUGUUAAACCAAGUACUGCAUCCCCAAAGCCUCGGCCUUCUUCAAUUAACAUCGCCAAAUCUCCUGCCCUGCCAAAUACUGGAAAAGCACUUAGCUCCGCUAAAAGUUCUGCAUCAUCAGCCGCUAACAAAAUGUCGCCGUACAAAUCGCCAAAUACUCCAGCAAAGACGAGUCCCACCUCUAAGAAGGUGACUUACAGCACAAGACCAAAAGUGACGGGUACCACGGCCGAAGCGAGAAAUCCUCUGGGCUUGUAG